UAUGCGAAUUAGAAGAUCAAUUAAAAUAGUAAAUUAGAUCUAAAAUUACUAUUAACCACUCUAGUUUAUAAUCCGAAUGAGAGGAACAAAGCGAAUGGUUUAAACCAAAAGUGUGCAAGCCUCGUCUUAAGAAUUGCAAAAAACAAGCCUGUUAAAAAAUAUAAGCAAUGUGUAACAUACCACCACUCCACCACCACUCCAAUAAAAUUGCAUACCGCCACUCCCAGUUCAAUCAAUUUGCCUACCAUUAUCUAAAUCAAUGUGUAUACCACUGCCGCCACCACCACCUCAAAAAAUAUGCACAUCAUCACAACCACCGUUAAAACCACAAUAGAAAACGGUACCUUAAGAACAAUGUUUUAUCCCUUAACAAAAAUCUUUGGGCUUUCAUCAAGAUAGGGAUGUUCUGAACCAAAAGAAAUAAAUUUUUUCAAUAAACAACUUACCAAAUUAAAUAAAUUAAGCUCCAAACAAUUGAAAUUUAGAUUUUCCAUAAUAAUCUAAAGCAUAAGAUUUAAAGGCUAAACC